AUGGAUCAACAAGAGUUCAGAUCUGCGUCUAAGGACAUUUGGGGGAUCGAUGCGAACAAACUAGAUAUGAGUUCACCAGGUUACGAAAGUCACACUGGCUCAAGUUUCCCUACCUCCGAGCACACACAGCAGAAUAGCGUCAUGCAGAAGUGGCGCGUUGACAUUCAAGCGGCUAUAGAGGCGAAAAAGCAGAAGGAGGCCGAGGUUAUGGAAGCAGCAACGAAAAAGGCACAACGCGAUUUAGAGGAGUGGCGCAGAGUGAGAAAGGAGAAAGUAGAAUCCGCCGCACAAAACACGAAAGACACCAGUGGAGCCGAGUUACACAAAUCUGUUAAUGGUCCAUUCGACUGGAAGAAAACAGCAGAAAUCCUACGUAAGGUCGGUUACACUGUCAACGACCAGAACAGUGGUUCAUCGCAAAAAAUGGCCGACCUAAUAUUUUUGAAAGCCAAACAAUGA